CGAUUGAGGAAGGCGGGGUCAUUAGCCACACUGCUUUCCACUUGUCACCAUCUCGAAAAUCACCCAAUAUUGCUGCUUGUCGUCUAUUAUUUCGAUAAGAGAAAUCCAUAAAAAAUACGGGGGAAAUUUGAUUAUCAAACUUUCCCUCAAUCGCCGUUUUCAUGACUGAAACGAUGAUUGUCGUUGAGCCGCGAGGACUCGGUCUCGUUCCUUGGGAAAAGGUAUCCACAUGGCUCAUCAUGGGAAUCACCAAAUUUUUCCAAUUCUUCAUUAUCGUGGGAGGAUCGAUUCCAUACGUAUUUCAAUAUGUUGAAAUUCAUCAUCGUCGCAAUGCUUCUGGUUUCUCAUUGUUCGUGUGUCUUGCUCUCUGCGUUGCAAAUAUUCUUCGUAUAUUGUUCUGGUUCGGAAAAUGGUUUGACAAUGCUCUUCUUGCUCAAAGUAUUGUUAUGCUCAUCUGUAUGAUUUUGAUGCUGGAACUUGCUGUCCGUAUGAAUCGAAAACACACACCAAAGCCACUUCGGAAGUCAAUUCUCAAACAAACAUAUCAUCGGAACACAGUUGCAAACUUGUAUUACGUGAUUAUCAAUGGAAAAUGGGAUCACUUCAAAGAGGGAGACUUCAUUCGAUCAUUCUGGGCAUGGCACGAUCUCGCAUCAUUCAUCAUUGCCUUACUUGUAUUCACCAUCUUUUGGUCAGGAAUCAUGUCUAUCAUUAUUCAUUUCCAAAUAAGCAUCCUAAUAGAAACGAUUGGAAUGAUUGCAUUGUUAACAGAAGCCACACUUGGAGUACCUCAGUUACUUCGAAAUUUCCAAAGAAAAUCAACACAAGGAAUGAGUAUUCCAAUGGUAUUGGCGUGGCUGGCUGGAGAUCUCGCUAAAACUGGUUAUUUUGUUGCAACGGGAAGUCCUAAACAGUUUUGGGUUUGUGCCAUUCUACAGAUCACAAUUGAUAUUCUGAUUCUCGGACAAGUAUUCAUCUAUCGUAAAAACACGAAUGCAGGCGAACUACCGUACACGGCCAAUAAUCCGGCAAUUCAAACUCAUGAAGCUGCAAUUGAUUGAUUUCUUUCAUUUUCCCAUUCUCAUCUUAGAGAAUAGUAUUUAUUUUCGAGAACUUUCAAGACAUUUAAAGACAUUUAAAUUUUAAAAAAGCAACAACAUAAUCUGUGAUGUAGACUUCUUCCCCUUGAGACCCAUAUUAAACGAUUGGCCUUUCAGGAUAAUUUUUCCAUUGCUCUUAUUUCGAAUUUACAAAAAGAUUUUUGUGGUGUUUGAGCGAAAUGUAUCUUUAUUAAGCAGCUUUAAUUUUUUCCUUUCAAUAUUUUAUCAAAAAUCUCUUUUUCCAUCAUUUUUUAUUGCAUCCAGAUACAUAAAAUUCUUCACUGAUUCCGGGUAUUUUUAUCGCUCGUUGUUUUGUUAAACAGAAAUCCCCCUUUCUUACUCAUGAAUUGUGAUAUUUCCGUCCCAUUUUUACCCGAUGCUAUUGUAAAUUCCUAUCUAUUCUCAGUGAUUAUCGAUUCCUCUUAAUUUUAAAAUUUUUUGAAAAUUGAAUCGUUUUUGGUGUUUAUACUUCUCAGAUUUUUUCCCUUUUCAACACUUCACCUAGAAACUGACUAGAAAAUUACUGGAUUAUUGAUAUUUACCUCACUAACCCUCAUUUCGUCCCCCUUUUUAUUUCUAGAUUCUUUGUAAAUAUCGAUAUUUUUCACAAAGUAAUUCUAACCUAUAAAAUACGAAAAGUGGUAAUGAAUGUGUUUUGAGUUAACAA